GUUAUUCGUAUUUAUUACCUGAAAAAAACAUUUCUAACAUCGGGACCAACACAUACGCCAUUGAGACAUUGAAUAAAUGCAUCUCUACCUCACUGUAUUUUGGACGUAAGAAUGCUUACACUCAAGCUGAAAUUGUAACUUUGAAAAAACAUGUUGGAACCUACACCCAUGAUUUGUGUAAAAGGUGGGAUAAUUGGACAUGGACCGGUGUCCCUGAAGAACCUGUUGGAGCAGUGGAUUACGAAAGACGACCAGAUAUUUUAAUACAAGCAGAACCAGGACAAGAGACGUUGGAUAAUCCUAAAGAAACUGUGGAAAUGGAUAUCACAGCUUCCCCCUUUAUCGUAUGCAGACCAGAAGUAGUAGAUAUUCCUUCUACUCCAAUUUUUCAAAUCUCAAGUAUCCACAGGGAAUCCGAAAUGGAGUCCACUAUUACUGUACUGGAAGAUGAAGAUCCAUAG